AUGGAAUUAUUGAGCAACGAGUAUCACUUGAUUGGCCCCGUUGUUAGACCAAUAAAGCGGAAUCACUGUUCCUUGGAUUGCAAAUGUCGCACCAUGGACAAUGCAUUGAGAAGACGGAGAAGCGUUGAUGAUCAGAGAAAUGGUGUAUGUGGUUGCGCACGAUUUCCCAAAAGUCCUCGUCAAGAUCUAAGAUCGCCACGCGAGGAAUCUCGUAGGACUUUUAUUGCCGAUCAGUUUGAGGAUUUGGAACCAAUGUUUCAUUCAACUAAAAUAUCAGCCGACGAAAAGGAUGAUACAGAUCGUCGCGUCAGGGAGUUUGAUGCCGGUGUUUCGGAUAUCCGAAAUUAUCGACGACGAGAUGAUAUCGAAAUGGAGCAACGUGGCGAUUACGUGGAACCGAUCCCCGGACCUUCCAGAAAAGUCUCGAGAAUUCCUUCGCCAGAUCCAGCUAGAAAUGCGAAAAAGGUGCGAGUGGAAGGUGAAAGAGUGCAACGCACGAAUGAGAAAGAAGAAGAGGAUAUGGACUGCACUUGUGAUGCCGAAGCUGUCACUCGAGAUGAACGUUCGAGGAUCCGACCUGCUGAUCGUCCUCGCGUUGUCAGAAACGGACGUCGUCGCCUUGACGCUGAGGAAGAUGAAGAAGAUGACGCCGAGGAAGAUGAAGACAAAGAGGAAGGAAUCGAAGUUGAAGAGGAGGAUCAAGAUAGAAGAGGAGGAAGAGGACCAAGAGAAAGAGAAGAGGAGGAAGAGGAUGAAGAGGACCAAGGGGACAGGGUAGAAGAAGAGGACGAAGACAUAGAGGAUAGUGUAUACGAUGAAUUGAGGGCGCGAGUUCCCCGCAGAAGAACUGCGGCACGCGAACGAGAGCUGAGAAGGUGGAUCCGGCGGUGUCGUGAAGAAUGCGAACGACGGAGAGGGCGAUAA